AUGCAUUACCGCGUCUUAAGCAUCUGCGCCGCCGCCAUCGGGGCCCUGCUGCCCACAGUGACAGCAGAGUGCAACCGAACGUACAUCCAAGCCUUCUCCGACGAGUACGUCAAAGCGCACGAGAACGGACAACUAAACCAGCUCGAGAACAUCGCGGACAACUUCACGUACAUGGAGAACAACAAGACGCGGGAGAUCACAGGCGGCAUCUUCAACAACGCGUUGAAGAUCGACCACCGCCACACCAUCGUCGACACCGUCGACUGCGCCUCCUUCACCGAGCUCAUCAUCACGCACAACGCCUCCGGCGAGCCCGCGCCCUACGUCAUCGGCACCCAGAUCCGCCACAGCCCCGGCGACCACAGCGUGUAUCUCAUCGACCUCAUCGUCUCGACCACCGGGUCCUGGCUCUUCAACGCCUCCCGCACGCUGGAGUACGCGUCGAAGGAGAACUGGAGCUUGAUCGACGAGGACAAACUCGAUACCCGCGAGGCCCUGAAGCAGGCCGCUGACGCGUACCUCGAUAUGUGGAAUAACCGCAGCGCGAUUGACGCCGUGCCUUGGGGCACCCCGUGCGUUCGCCUCGAGGGCAGCGUGUACACUGGCUCGGGCUCGCCGACGGAUUCGUGUAAGGUCGGUAUCCCGACGAAUAAUAACCAGGCGCCGAAUUCGGGGCGCAGGUAUGUUAUUGAUCCUACGUACGGCUCGAUUAGUGUGUUGUGUAUCUUUGAACACUUGAGUAUGGCGCCCGAUAGUCAUGAGUUCCGCAUGGAGAAUGGGAAGUUACGGUAUAUUCAUACUAUUACGCUGGCUCGAAGUGGGUUUCUUAGGGCGGAGGAGUUGGAGUCUGCGCAGCGGGUAAUCCUCAAGCGCCACCCUCGAGCAGUGCUUUCAUUACAUUAG